AUGAAAAUAGUUUCCUCGGUCUUCAACAAGCUUCACGGCCAGCCGGCGUCGUAUGACAAAAAGGCGCAGUACAAGAUGGGCCGCACCUUGGGUGCUGGUACCUACGGAAUCGUUCGGGAGGCUGAUGGCCCUACGGGCAAGGUCGCCGUGAAGAUCAUCCUGAAGAAAAAUGUUAAGGAUAACGAAAGGAUGGUGUACGACGAGCUGUCGCUCCUGCAGAGACUUCACCACCCACACAUUGUUGCGUUCCGCGAUUGGUUUGAGUCGAGAGACAAAUACUACAUCGUUACCCAGCUUGCUACCGGAGGAGAGCUGUUUGAUCGUAUCUGCGAGUACGGAAAAUUCACCGAGAAAGACGCCUCCAAGAUCAUCCGCCAGGUGCUCGAUGCCGUCUGCUACUUGCACGAUAACAACAUUGUCCACAGAGAUUUGAAGCCAGAGAAUCUCCUCUACCUCACGCCCGAUGCGGACUCGUCGCUCGUGCUCGCGGAUUUCGGAAUCGCCAAGAUGCUCGACUCCGGAGAGGACAUGCUCAACACCAUGGCUGGAUCGUUCGGAUACGCGGCACCGGAGGUGAUGCUCAAGAAGGGCCACGGAAAGGCGGUCGAUAUGUGGUCGCUCGGUGUUAUAACCUACACCUUGCUCUGUGGUUACUCACCUUUCCGCAGCGAGAGUCUCGCGGACCUCAUCGAGGAGUGCAGCAAUGGCAGGGUCAUCUUCCACGAGCGAUACUGGAAGGAGGUCAGCAAGGACGCCAAGCUCUUCAUCGGAGAGCUGCUCCAGCCCAACCCUGAUGACCGUCCUUCGAGCAGAGAGGCGCUGAGGCACAGAUGGCUCAAGGGCGAGACCGCCACCGACCACGACAUCCUGCCCGAGAUCAAGUCGUUCAUCGCCAAGGCGCGUCUCCGUCGUGGUAUCGAAAUGGUCAAGCUCGCCAACCGCAUCGAAGCGCUCAAGAUGCAAGACGACGAGCAAGAGUCCGGACUACCCUCGGACACGGCUCAGGCAGCUGCAGAAGGCGUCACGGCCGCAGGAACGGCACCCCUCGAGAAGGCGUCCCCCACUCGCAGGUUGUCGCGUGCUGCUAGGUCCGCCAUCUUCCGCGAGGUCGUGCUCGCAAAGGUUAGAGAGAUGAAGCAGGAGGAGGAGAAGGUCGCUGCGCAGAGGACUUUAACAGAGCUCUCGGACAGGAAAUAG